GGUCCUUGCUGCCGCCGCCAUGUUCUCGUCCAUCGCGCCGCUGGUGCGGCUCAACCCAUUCCACGCGCCUCAUCUGCAGCCGCAGCAAGAAAGUGUCCGUUUGAGGAAACGUCCGGUCGAGACCGUGGAGGCCUCGUGCGCUCAGCGGACCCUGGCAGCCGCAUCGGCGGAUGAGGACUAUAGCUGUGCAUAUGGUUCGGGCAGAUUCUUCAUCCUUUGUGGCUUUGGUGGGAUUAUUAGUUGCGGUACAACACACACAGCUUUGGUUCCCUUAGAUCUCGUUAAAUGCCGAAUUCAGGUGGAUCCACAGAAAUACAGAAGCAUUUUCAAUGGCUUUUCAGUCACUGUCAAAGAAGAUGGUGUUCGUGGCUUGGCUAAGGGAUGGGCCCCAACCUUUAUUGGAUACUCCAUGCAAGGGCUCUGCAAGUUUGGGUUCUAUGAAGUCUUUAAAAUCUUAUAUAGCAACAUGUUGGGGGAGGAAAAUACAUAUCUGUGGCGUACAUCACUUUACUUGGCUGCAUCUGCCAGUGCAGAAUUCUUUGCUGAUAUUGCUCUGGCUCCAAUGGAAGCUGCUAAGGUUCGCAUUCAGACGCAGCCUGGUUAUGCUAACACGUUGAGGCAAGCAGCUCCAAAAAUGUUUGCAGAAGAAGGUAUUUGGGCUUUCUAUAAAGGUGUUGUUCCUUUGUGGAUGAGGCAGAUUCCAUACACAAUGAUGAAAUUUGCAUGUUUUGAACGAACUGUGGAAGCCCUAUACAAACAUGUUGUUCCCAAACCAAGGAGUGAAUGUUCAAAGGCAGAACAGCUGGUGGUUACGUUUACAGCAGGCUACAUCGCUGGUGUUUUCUGUGCCAUUGUUUCACACCCUGCUGAUUCUGUUGUGUCUGUUUUGAACAAAGAAAAGGGCAGUUCAGCUGCACAAGUCCUGAAAAGGCUUGGCUUCAAAGGCGUAUGGAAGGGUCUGUUUGCCCGUAUCAUCAUGAUUGGUACUCUGACAGCAUUACAGUGGUUCAUCUAUGACUCUGUGAAAGUUUAUUUCCGGCUUCCUCGCCCACCUCCACCUGAGAUGCCAGAAUCUCUGAAGAAAAAGCUUGGGCUUACUGAAUAAAUGGAUCAUGGACUGGCUGAUAGCAAAACACUUUAUAUGUAUGAUGUGUAGGAGAAUAAAGUCUUCUUUCUUGAGA